GCAGUCAGAUGAGUCGGGAUAUGGCGUCGCUGCACCGACACAGGAUGAAUUUUCACCUCUCCGUGGGAAUUUACAAGUCGCGCGCCGGGACAUCGCUUGCUUUUUGUCGCCGUUAAAAGGGAUCACACAUGGCGAUGGAGGACAAGGACAAUAACGCGGAGGUCGCUGCGACCAACGUCCGAACGGGCAUCAAGAGAGGAGGUGAUGUCGGAGAUAACGGGGCUUGCAUAGACAGGCAGCCGGACACGGUGGUCCACCAGGCGGGGCUGAACCAGACUGCGGGUCGCGGCAGCCGCAGUGGUCCCGGAGCUCACGCUGCGACGGGGAUCCGAGUGCUAAAGCAGCGCAACAUGAAGCGGAACGGGAGUCGAAGCUGCAUGACGAGAAAAACCAGGUUUGGAUCACGAGAGCGGGACUGGCUGAAAGGGGACACCCAGCGGGGCUGUGUGUGUCUGUAUGGGGGAACAGUAGACCCUCAGCCACCUGCCUCUGGCACACAGGCCUCCUCCACCCCUCAGACAGACCUGCAGUUGGUGCUCUGCUCCACCAGUACCACAGUGGAGGAGCUGUGCGCUCAGAAGAAAGGACACGCACUUUACGUUCAACUGCACGGAGACCUAGUGAGGAGGCUGGAUCCCUCUGAGCGUCCGCUCCAGAUGGUGUAUGACUACUUGGCGUCAAUGGGCUAUGCAGACCCUGUACGAGUGCAGCAAGAAGCCGCCAACUCAGACCUCAGCUGUUUGAUCCGUUUCUACAGUGAGCGUCCAGUGAAUGCGGACCAGCAGGAGCGGACCUUGCUGAAAGGCGUGUUCAGCGUCAGGAAGGGCAAGACUCAGCUGCACAAGUGGGCCGAGCGGCAGGUCAUUCUCUGUGGCACCUGUUUGAUCGUGGCCUCUGUGAAAGACAGCCUCACCGGGAAGAUGCACAUCCUGCCCCUGGUGGGGGGAAAGGUGGAGGAGGUGAAGCGGAGGCAGCACUGUCUGAUGUUCAGCUCAGCCGGGUCUCAGGCCCAGACAUACUUUGUCAACUUUGACACACUUGCAGACUAUCAGCGAUGGCACCGGCAGGCGUCAAAGGUGGUGUCUCAGACGGUAAGCCUAGUGGACUUGUCCUGCUACAGUCUGGAAGCAGUGCCUGAAUAUCUGUUUUACAGUCAGGACAUUACCCAUCUCAACUUGCGACACAACUUCAUGAGCCUGCAGGGACCUGGAGGCCUGCUCAACCUCCCCAGGUUUUCUCAGCUGAAGAGCCUGAACUUAUCUCAUAACCGUCUGGGUGUGUUCCCCGAGUGUGUGUGCGAGAUCCUCACCCUAACUGAACUCAACCUCUCCUGUAACAGUCUCCACGCCAUCCCUCUACAGAUAGGCAACCUUCAAAGCCUGCAGACGCUGUCUUUGGAUGGAAACCACCUCAGCUCCCUGCCUGAUGAGAUGGGUGGCCUGUUUCAGCUCAACAGCCUGGGGCUUUCCUUUAACAGCUUCUCUCACGUCCCUGCUGUGCUGGAGAGAUUGAGUGUAGUUGACAAGCUGGCUAUGGCUGGGAACAGAGUGGAGAGUCUGGAUUUGUGCACUCUGGUCAGAAUGAGCCACCUGAAAAACAUUGACCUCCGGCUGAAUGGAUUGCGGUGGGUGAAAAGUGAGAAUCUAGAGGUAGUGAGCCAGGUGACCCAGCUGGACUUGCGGGACAACUGCUUAGAAUCGCUAGACCUCGGCUCUGUGUGCAACCUGGAGACUCUGCACUGCCAACGCAACCAGCUGGGGACACUCACACUCAGCGGUUUCACACUGCGCAUGCUUCAUGCCAGCAGCAACCGCCUUACAACAGUCAACAUCUAUCCAGUCCCUAACCAGCUGACGCACAUGGACCUAUCACAGAACCUCUUGGAGUAUCUUCCAGACUGGGUGUGUGACUGCAGAAAAAUUGAGAUGCUGGACAUUACACGUAACCUCCUGUCGGAGCUUCCUUCCAGACUGCUUAACAGCUUGAGUUUGAGGAAGCUGCUGACGGGAUACAAUCGCUUGCAAAGAGUGCCUGAACUCCUUGACCAUGUCCCUCUGGAAGCCCUGGACCUCCAGCACAACAUGCUAGCUGAGCUUCCAGAGAGUCUGUUUCUGAAGGCCUUAAACCUGAAAUACUUAAACGUGUCAGCCAAUGCCUUGGAAAGCAUUCCGCCGAGCAGCCAAUCAGAGGAGAGCCUCAGCACACUCCAGGAGCUCUACCUGACGGAGAACAACCUGAGCGAGAAUUGUGGCGCUCUGCUGAUCGGACACCAGAACCUGCGGAUCCUCCACAUUGCCUACAACCAGUUACUCUCAUUCCCUGCCAGUAAGCUAAGUAAGCUGGAACUGCUGGAGGAGCUAAAUUUAAGCGGCAACAAUCUAAAAACAAUACCCUCCACUGUGUCCAGCUGUAAGAGACUGCACACCCUCAUAGCACACUCGAACCACAUCAGCGUCUUUCCAGAGAUCCUCAACCUCCCUGAGAUCAAGCUUGUCGAUCUAAGCUGCAAUGAGCUCACUGAGAUCCAGCUGCCCGAUUCCCUGCCUGCCACUUUACAAGAGCUGGACCUGACAGGCAACAGCAGCCUGAUGCUGGAACACAAAACCCUCAAUCUCUUCAGCCACAUCACCACCCUGAAAUUAGACCAGAAAUCUACCACAACAGCAGGAGACUCUCUGAGCGCCUCCAGUCCUUGGAAGCAUGGCUACUCUGAAAUGAGCGGGCAAAGGAACAAGUUGUGUGUGUCUGUGCUGGCUGUAGACCACUUCAGAGACAGCGUGGAAGCAUGCUAUGGUAUCUUUGACGGAGACCGCAACGAGGAAGUGCCUCGCCUGUUGCAGUGCACUAUGGGAGACGUGCUGUGCGAGGAGCUGCAGCACUCUAGUGUUGACAGUGUGUAUAUGUGCAACACUUUCCUCACCUCACACAGGAAACUUGGUAUGGCCGGUCAGAAGCUGGGUGCAUCUGGCCUGCUGUGUUACAUCCACCAUGAGACUUCAGAUCCAGGAGCAUCCUUUAGCCUUACUGUGGCCAAUGUGGGUACCUGCCAAGCCGUGCUGUGCCGAAAUGGACAACCUGUACCUCUCUCUAAGGUUUACAGUUUGGAGAACUGCACUGAGGAAAUGGAGCGGGUUAAAGUCAGUAAAGCCAUUAUUACAGAGGAUAACAAAGUGAGUGGAGUGACAUGCUGCUCUCGCCUGUUGGGCUGCUCUUAUCUGUCUCCCUGGGUGCUUCCAAAGCCCUGGGUGCACACUGAGCCGCUUUGUUCCCAGGAUGAGUUCUUGAUCCUGGGGAAUCGAGCCCUGUUUGAGCGAGUUUCCUACCAGGAGGCUGUUUGCACCGUGCAGGCUGUCCGGGAUCCCCGUGCUGCUGCUAAGAAGUUGUGUUCACUUGCCCAAAGUUACGGUUGCAAGGACAACAUCGGCGCUGUCGUGGUGUCCCUGCACAUUGGUGAGGACAGCUGCACAUGUGAGCCGCCGGUCACCACCACCGAGCCACGGGGCCCUGCUCCUGCUCCUGUUCCUGCGCCUGUGAUCCCGGGCCCUAGCGACCCAGCCACCAACCUCUCCUCCAGCAGUGGCAUUGUCACUGAGUUCAGCAGUGAGACAUCAGCUUCAGAGAUCGGCAGCGAAGCGGGGUCCACCGCUUCAGAUGAACACCCGUCCUCUGGCACUGUGACCCGCCCAGAGAGACGCUGUAGCCUACACCCCGCUACCACACUGUGCGGCAUCAUGGUGCCAGGCUCAGGUGGGACCGGACCCCACCCAGGUCUAUUCCAGCAGCAGCCGUCCAGCACCACAUUCUCAAGUAACCAGUCGGACAAUGGCUUGGACAGUGAUGAUGAAGCUCCACUCGAGGGUGUCAUCUCCAAUGGCAGCAAAUUAGAAGUGGAAGUAGACAUUCACUGUUGUGCUUUUCAGCUGCGGUCGGGGCCCCAUGAGAGCUCCAAAGACUUGGACUUUGAAAAACGAGGCUUUGACCAUCCCGGUGGUAAAAUGCGCAGACAGAACAGCGUGGUGGUUUCUGCUACAAACGGCUGCUUGCUUGCUGUAUGUGGGAGAGAGAUUGCUGACCUUAAGAAAUCUCCCUCCACAUCCAGCCUGUUUGGGAAGAAGUUGUCCAAUGGUUCUGUGGUAGCCCCUGAAGACAGUCACAACCUAAUUGAGGUUGCCCUAGAGGCUCCCAAGAAAAAGUCUGGCUAUUUCACAGCUCCAGCACAGCAGGACCCAGAGGACCAGCUGAUUGUGCCUCCUAGUCUGGAGCAGGAAGUCAGGGAGCAGCUACGAGGCCAGAGCCCUCUAGUCUCAGGCCCCUCUGCACCAACCACACCCUCCUCCUUAAAAGAUCCGGUGUGGGAUCAUCCACACCCCCCAGCAUUUCCACCCAGCCUGGUUCCAGGUCCAGGCCCGACUCCUAUCCUACAACAGGAGGUUUAUGAUACCGCCCUCUAAGGGGGAGGAUUUCUGUGAUUGUGCCAUUCUGGGACAGAAGAGUUUUCUCAUACACGAGGGAAAGUCCAGUGAAAGUUGCCAUUCAGAUACUUUGUGAGAACGAGACAAACCUGUGGCAUCUUAAUGGUCACUAAAUAAUGCCUUUUAACGUGAGGUCAAAAAAAGUGUACGGUCUGAGUAUCUGAGAGAACAAAGGCAAAAAAAAAAAAGAUUUCAGUUUGUAACAGAACAUUGUGAAACAGAAAGCUGGCUGUAUUAGACAAAGAACAAGCCUGACCUGAAAUUGGAUACCUCGAGUGUUUGAACUCGUCAGCAGCAUUUCCCUUUACUUGGAAAACAAAGCAAUCUGGAGGGUGUGCAAGAGAUCAUGUCAGAUCUUUUCUCCAGGAGCUCCGUUGUCUCUCAGAUCCUGGAGGGAAGUACUAUGACGGAAACAUGAAAAAGUGCCUACUACAGAAGACACAGCCUAGAGCUCCCUACAUCCUGGCUGUGUUUCAGAGACGUGUUUGAUAGUUGAAUUUGCAGGAUGGAUAGUGUCUCUAAGAGACCGGGACUGGCACAGCUUCGGCUCUCCUCCUCCUCCUCCACCUGUGGCUUACAAAGGAAAUCAGAGAGUCUAAAUGCUUAUAAUACACACAGAUCUGAAAACAACACAACUGCAUUUUCAUUGUGUCUGUUUUUUAUCGUUAGCAUUUCCACACCAUAUAUAAAGAAUUGUCUAUCACUCCUACAUAGUAAAGUACAAACUCACAUCUAGCGGGUGGCCGAUGUGAUGUGCUUACACUGCUGACAUUAAGACUGAAUAUUUUUUCUAUGUAGAGCAAUGCAAUAUCAAAGUCAUUUAGUUCUAAAGCAAGAGGCAAUUAGUAGAGGUUAACAACUGUUACUGCAGUAUAUUCUGUGACAGUGCAUUAUAGAAUGAGCUCCUUAAAACAUUCAUAGGAAGAUAAAAGAUUCAUUUGAAUUUAGUCAGUUUUAUGGUCACUGGAUAGUGGACUGGACAAAUGAGCUAAGACACAAAACUGAAGUAUUACAUAUUGUAAGGCCAAGAGAUAUAAAAUCAGGAUUUGUACUGCAUGUGUGAAAAUAUCCCCUCUGGUACUUACAUUUUAGUAUAUCUGAAUUUUGGAGGCUGCUUCUGCUUCUGCUUCUUAAAAUUUGACACCAUCAGUCCAUCCUGUCCCUUGAGGCAGAUUUCAUUAUUGAUGUUUUUACUUUGCAAAAUGUUUUAAAUCUUACCUCUAUAAUGCACUACACAUACAUCCAGGUGAGGUUUGGCGUGUGGUGUUUAGACCCUUAAGAGAACUGAAACCCUAUUCUCUUGCAUUUUUUUCAGUCAUCUAUUAUACACCAUAGAUAUGUGUACAACUGACAAAAACAAAAUGCAGGAAGGACUGCCUUAUCACUGUGUUAUCUGAAAAACUACAUUAAAAGCAUUGGCAUAUCAUUUAAUUAGCUUUCUCGGUAGAAUAAAUUGACUUGGUGAAGGAACAAGUUACAGCACCUGUAUGUUUUACUAAAAACAUAAAAACAUUGAGAUUUGCUGCCUGUGUAUUGAUGACAUAUCACAAAAGGAAGAGCUUGAUGUAGCUUUUUACUUGGGCACAUUUAUGUCCACACGCCUUUGUAAUCAUAUGGCUACUUUAGUUGCGGCUACACACAGUUAAUGUACAAAUAUUAUGAGUGUCGCAGCAGUAAAAGGUGCCCAAAUAAGAAUGCACUAUUUCAGUCCCUUCCAUUAAGAAUAAGUACAACCACUGGACACUUUGUUAGGUACACCUAUUCAGCUGUUCAUUAACAAAAAUAUCUAACUAGCCAAUCACAUGGCAGCAACUCAAAGCAUUUAGAUGUGUAGACCUCAUCAAGACGACCUGCUUAAGUUUAAAGCGAGCAUCAGAAUCGGGGAAGAAAGGUCAUUUCAGUGACUUUAAAUGCAGUGUUGCUGUUGGUGCCAGACGGGAUGGUACGAAUAUUCCAGAAACUGCUGAUUUGAGAUUUUCCCAGACAGCCACCUUUAAAGUUUAUAGAGAAUGGUCUGAAAAAGAGAAAAUAUCCAGUGAGUGGCAGUUCUCUGUGGAAAAAUUCCUUGUUGAUGUCAGAGGUUAGGCGAGAAUGGGCAGACUUCUUUGAGCUUAUAGGUAAACAGCAGUACCCCAAAUAACCACAGAUUACAACCAACAUAUGAAGAAGAGCACCUCUGACUGCAUGACACAUUGAACCUUUAAGAAGAUCCACCUUGGGUGACAUUACUGUGAGCUAAGAACAAGUUGUGUUAGCUCCCCAAACAUGCACAACAAAAGAAGGGAAAACGUUGCCUUGUUUGAUGAGUCUUGAUUUCUGUGGCAACAUUCAAGUGGGAGUGUCAGAAUUUGAUGUAAAUGGCAUGAAAGGAUGGGUUCAUCCUACCUCGCAUAAACAGUUAAGUCUACUGCUGGUGGUGUAAGGGUGUGGGAGGUAUUAUUUCUUCAUAGUUAAUACCCAUGGAGAUUUGUUUAAACACCACAGUCUACCUGAGUCUUGUUGCUGACCAUGUCCAACCCUUUAUGAGUACAUUGUACGAAUCUUCUGAUGGCUGCUUUCAGAAAGAUAACGUCAAUUCCUUCAAACUGGUUUCUUGAACAUGUCAAUGAGUUACUUUACUCAAAUGGCCUCCACAGUCACCAGAUCUCAAUCUAAUGGAGCAGCUUUGGGAUGUGGUGAACAGGAGGUUCACAUCAUGUGCGCUUGACAAAUCUGCAGCUACUGUAUGAUGCUAUCAUGCUAACGUGGAGCAAGAUCUCUGAGGAAUGUUUCAAGCACCUUGCUGAGUCUAUGCUAUGAAGAAUUAAGGCAGUUCUGAAUGCAAAAGGGGGUCUAACUCAAUGCUUCAGCAGUGCACAUCAUUCAUGUUUUUUAAAUAUAUAGUCAACUCUAUUGUCAUAUAUAUGACAGAAAAAAUACAUUAUUGUUUAAACUGUCAGUUAUAUGUUCUGCAGCCUUGGAAACCUCACAUUGUCCAGUCCUGAACCUCCCCGCAUUGUGCCAAAAGAGGAAGCAACUCUGCAGAGCUGCUGUGGCUAAGAGAAGGCCAAAGUUGGGUAAUUGCUCUUGUCAGUGAUUACUACAAUAGAUUUUUAUUUUUUCUGGUUGCCACUACAUGUUGGAAGGAACUACACAGCCGUUGUACAUUCAGACCUUUCAGUGUUCUCUUUUAGCCUUAAUGUAACACUACUCAGUAUUUUGAAGCGAGGAGCUUUUUGUUUCUUUCCGUUGAUGUUCUGUCUGUGAAUGAGGUCUUUGGCUCCAUGUGAACGAGUGAGAAGUCAGUGAUGAUGCCUUAAAUGCUGUGUGGGUAUGAAUUCCUCCUUGUUUUAUCUCCUGAAAAGAAUAUACACUGUCAAAAGCACCUUGUACAUAGAAUAUAAUAGUAAUAUCCAGAGUUAUGUAUAUUUAAUUUUAUUAUAUAAUUUUUUUUUAGCAUAGUGUUCUGAGGUUAUUGUGGCUUCCCUCAGCCAAGUGCAUCAUCUUUUGUCUAUGACGACACUGACAAUAAAGUUAAUUUACAAUAUUUUUAAGUCUUAUUAACAUCACAAAGAUAUUUUUUUCAUUCAAAGUAUUUUUGUUUGUCACCACUUAGAGUUUUGUUACUAUCUUAACUUAUAUUUAAAUAUUUUAAAUUAACACCACAAAACUACAUAAACUAACACUAUCUUCCUGCAUUGCUUUUACUCUGUGUAAAUAUAAGUUAAUGAAAAUCAGGACAUACAGUUAUUAUCCACAUGUAGGAGUCUGAGAUCAUAUUUAGAUGCAUCGGUACUGUCCGUAUUCUGCUUUUUCAGAAUUCAAGAACUAAUUUUAACUCCCAAAUGCUUUUUUAAAAAAAUAUCUAAAAUUACAAAUAGCAAAUCCAGUUUUGUGAUAAAGAUAAUCAUUUUAUUCCUGUCACUUUAUUGAUCAGUCCUUGCUGGGUCUGACAUGCCAAACACAUUGGACUCUGUGGUUCUGUCUGUGCCUAGACCUCCACAAUUGGAGCCCACACAUAGUGCCACACAUCUGGAUUACUGGCAGUGGAACACUGACGGGCACUGCAGGUGUAAAUGCCACGUGGAGAGCUAAGCUAGCCUAUGAUUGUGAAUGUUACUGAUACAUAUCUGAAAUGUUAAUGAAGUCUGGAGAGGAGAAACUGAACUUUCUAUAAGGUUUCAUAUCCCACAGUGGUAAAAUCCCUUGUAAAAUAUGCAAAGUGUACAUAUAUACCUGUAUAUCAGAGCGUCAAUUUCCCAUCACCUUUAACUAUACGACUCAUGUUUCAAUAUGUCUGAUAAUGAAUAUUGGCUGGUGUGUGUGUAUAAUGUUUGUGGAGGUUGUGUUUGUAAUUUGCAUUGUGUUGCUUUUUUUUUAUGUCCCUUUGGCACUUUGGCAGUGUGGUUUUAUGAGUUUGCCCCCAGCUGCCAUGUCAGGCUGGGACUGUACUGCAUUGCUAUAUUUAGUGCUCUUUAAACUAACUGGCUCCUUUUGCUUUAUAACAUUUGUACCGUUGUUGUACAUUCAUGCGUUCAGUCUGUCUUUUGGUUGAUACCAUGUAUUCACCCUCUGUCCGGUAUAAUAUACUCACAAAAUAGAAGUACAUUUGGAUAAUGAUCCAUCGGUAAUCAGUGUGCAUGUACAUAAGCAGAUUGUAUGCACAGAGGGAAGAUGGAGGGGUACAUUGCAUUGGCUUAAAAUAUUCCCUUUAAUUCUUUAGUGGAAGGGGCUCGCGAGCUCAAUACUCAUGCAGUUAAAUGCAUUUGUACACAAAGUAGAGGGUAAGUGCAUUUGUUAGGCUGCAAUUUCAGUGUUUUUAUUUUAACCUUCUUCUUUUGUUAACUAUUCGGUAUAAUUUCUCUUUGCACAUCAUAACAAGCUCCCUGUGCAUCUGUGUUGCAAAAUGUCUGUGUUUGUGUGUAGAUAAAAGCUUUAGCGCACACGUGCUGUAAGUGUAUGCAUGUCUGUGUGAAACAAUGGAUCGACUGUAAUUCUGUGUGAAUAUGGUGAAUGAAACCGAUCAGAGAUGCUCCAUUUAUUUAAAAUGUGACCAAAGUAGCCAUUGUUUAAUCUCACUAUUCCUUUAUGCAUAUUGUUUUCAAGAAAUGCUUGAAUAUUUCUUUUCCUGAAUGCCAAGAAAGUGAUGUUUAUUUUUGUACUUUUUUUUUCAUGCAAAUUAAUAUUUCCCUUUUUUGCUACAGAAUUUAAAGUCAUUGGGCUUAUAAAGAAAUCUGUCACCCAUUAUGGUACUAUUGAUGGUACUAUAACUGUAUUUAUUGUUGAAAGCAUGCUCUAAAUAUAAGGCUACAGGGAAAAAAACAUAGAAUACAUACAAAAUGUGAUUUAUUUGUACAAAAGGGAGCAUAUCCGAUAUUUUUAGGUUUUUAUUCGAGCAUGCAGAUUACUGCUACAAAUUUAGUUUUUUUUAAGAAUCAUUAAGAAGAUUAAUUAUUUAGGAAAAGAACUAACAAUGGGCACUUUUGUGGUUUGUCAGAAAGAAUUGUAUGUUCUUGAACACAGAGUGGAAGGUGGUUAUUUUAUUUUAAAUGCUGCUAUCAUUAGUUUUCAGCAGACAGGCUGGUUUUUGUUUUGUUUUUAACUUUAAGCCAAGUAGCAAUAAAACUUUUUACUGUGAA